UGGCGGGGCACCUGCUGGUCUGCUGGAAACGCCUUACCUACCCCAUCUCCUGUGAUGGAGCCCCCCAGCUCAUCAAGGCUGAAUCCCCGGAAGAGAAGAAAAGAUGGGUCCGGACCCAAUGGGGCAACAGAGCCAGAUGGAAUUCCCCUGAAAAUGCCUCGGCACUCGUUUGGCUUGAGGGAGCCAGCUCCCUUUUCAGAUGAAAUUGAAGAGGACUACAGUAAGCCGUACGUCAGAGUCACGUUCGAAGAGGCGACCAGGGGCACCCCCUCUCUGCAUUCUGAUAAUUGUUUCCCUAACAACACAUACAACCAGCUUCCUCCCACAAGGAACACAAGGCUUCUUAGGUCUUCGGAAGCACCCAGUAAGGCCCGGCCAGCAACUGCUUUCCCCAGGAAUGGUUCUCCACGAAUAACGUCUGUGUUUUUGUGCUCAGUGGACCGACCGGUCAGGGUUUAUGCUGACGGGAUAUUUGACUUAUUUCACUCUGGACAUGCCCGGGCCUUGAUGCAGGCAAAGAACCUCUUCCCGAACACGUAUCUCAUUGUGGGAGUCUGCAGCGAUGAGCUGACCCACAACUUGAAGGGCUUCACGGUGAUGAACGAAAGCGAGCGCUACGACGCGGUGCAGCACUGCCGCUAUGUGGACGAAGUGGUGAGAAACGCGCCGUGGACCCUCACCCCGGAGUUCCUGGCUGAGCACCGGAUUGAUUUUGUUGCCCACGAUGACAUCCCAUAUUCUUCUGCUGGGAGUGACGAUGUUUACAAGCACAUAAAAGAAGCAGGCAUGUUUGCACCAACUCAGAGGACCGAAGGGAUCUCUACAUCCGAUAUAAUCACCCGGAUUGUACGGGACUAUGAUGUCUAUGCCAGACGGAACCUGCAGAGGGGGUACACGGCCAAGGAGUUGAACGUCAGCUUCAUAAACGAGAAGAAAUAUCACCUGCAGGAACGUGUGGACAAAGUGAAAAAGAGGGUGAAGGACGUGGAGGAGAAAUCGAAGGAGUUUGUCCAGAAAGUGGAGGAAAAGAGCAUUGACCUCAUUCAGAAAUGGGAGGAGAAAUCCCGGGAAUUCAUCGGCAACUUCCUGGAGAUGUUUGGACCCGAAGGAGCACUGAAGCACAUGCUGAAGGAGGGCAAAGGCCGGAUGUUGCAAGCGAUCAGCCCGAAGCAGAGCCCCAGCAGCAGCCCGACGCACGAGCGCUCCCCCUCUCCUUCCUUCCGCUGGCCCUUCUCCACCAAGACCCCUCCCUCCUCUCCAGCCAACCGCUCCAGGAACCAGUGCGCCGUUGCCUACGACAUCAGCGAGGACGAGGAGGACUAGGCAGCCAGCUGGAGGCACUGAAUUGCUGAGAGCCGAAUUCAAGCUCCUACCCCAAGGGGAACAUUAAACGAGAGAGCAAAAGUCACGUGGCUGCAGACGCCCCUCCAAGAGGCACCGUCUGCUCCAAGCAAGGGCUGCUGUCUGGGAAGCACAGUCAAACGUUCUCCCUGCCCCCGGCCCCUUUUUAGUGUUUACGUUCCAAUGGUUUCCAAGAGAAAAGUGGGUUUUAUUUUCUUCUUUUAAAAAAAAAAAAAAAGUAUUUUAAAGAGAGUGGCCCUGAAGGCUUUGCCUUGUUAUGCCUCAGCCAGGCAGGGUAAGGUCGGUGUGGGGAGAAGAGUUCAUCGGACCCUUUCGUCUGUCUGCUGCUUUGGCCCACGGCUGCCUUUUAUUACCCCGAGGCAGGAUUCUUCAUUGCUGCUGAAUCUCUUGAAUGAUGCAUAUGCCAGGCCCUCGAAUGGUGUGAACUUUGAGACUGUGCGGGAAGUGGUAGCAUCGACGAGCUAUUUUUUAAUUCUAAAGAGACGUCCGUGCUGUACUGGAACCAAUAAGAACCUACCGAGCUGUCUGCAUCUUGAUCUUGCUUCUUUUUACUGAGGCUCCCAUUGUGCCAUAGUGGAAACAUGCCACAUGUUUUUUGCACGGAAAAUUCACCAUAUGAGAAGCCACACCACCGUAGAAUUGGUCACAGGCUAUUCAGUAAUGUCCGGUAUCCCUGCACCCUGCAGACAACUCUCACCUGACUCUGCAAGGAAAUUGCUGUCUUAGAAUAUUCCAUCAGCCAUUCGGGCCUCUACAAGAAUCACUAAAUCUCAGGCUAAGAACCUUGUUUUGCUCAUCAGUUGGUGUUUGAGGAAAGACUAUCGUCUCUUCUUUCCAGACGUGCGUUGUGUCUUUGUGUGCACAUACACGCAGCCAGGCAAUAACAAAUAUGCCAGCUCCUUCCAAAAAGUCCUCCCACCUUCACACCUCCCCCUGAUCUCUGGGGUUCUGCAUGUAGGACUGUCUGUCGAAACAUCCGCUCUGGGUGCUCUGCCUUGCACGUGUCCAUAUAUUUGUUUACAUGAUUGGGCGCUGAGGGAGGGAGAGCUGUGACCUCGCUCGGGCAAAGAGAGCUUUUCAGAAUGUUUGUGGCCAAGUCUGUCCUCGUUUUGAUGUGUGCAGUGGGAUAGCUGCUGGGCGUACGUUACCCCAGCAAACAGUGAUGUCAAAUCAUUUGUGCAGUAAAUGCUGGUGCCUCUCUCCGUUAGCUGUUUCUUGGGAGCGCAGAAAUAGCAUCAAAGGAAACUGCCACUAUUUUUAACUGUUUGAAAUUGUGGUCCAAUGACGCUGUGCUGUGAACUAUGUAACGAAUGUUUAUGUUGUGCUUUGGUAAGAUCUGUGGCCUCGUGUCAGGCAUUGAGUGCCAUGCACUGCGUGUGCCCAAGGGACGUCAUUUGGGCGGGCAGGUGGGGGGGGUCUUGUUGGAAGACACUCUAUCCUAGAAGCCAGCCGUCGGGGGGAGGAGCUGUCAUCUCCACAGCCAUGAAACUCCCAAAGUUGCUUUGUGCCCGAGCUUGCUUGCCACCAUCUCCUGUUUGGAAAGAGCUUCCUUGAAUGCUGCAGUGAGUGAGGUCAGGUUGAGUCCCGUGGGCCAGGCCUGCAAGUCUUAAAAUCCGUGAUAGAUGAACUGAGAACCAAGGAUUCUGUGGAGACUAAGAGGAAGGCGCUAGAGGCAUCCUAAUACGCUUCUAUAGAACAAGGCCGUCCUGUACAUAAAAGGGAUGGCUUUUGUCCAGCUCUUCUUUGACAUGCCACCUGCACGGCUUGGCAGAGACUCUCGUCCUCCACCAGGCUCGGUGGCACUGAUUCUUCGCCCACCCUUGUAUUCCCAGAGCUGGUCAAAAGGAAGGAAGGCUUUGGUUUCCCUUUGCCCCAGUGUGAGCGAUUCCGCCCUGCAGGGCGAGCCCUGGGAAGGUUUGAUCCUGCGUAGAUGAGCUUUAGGGAGCGCUCGGUUUUGUUCUGAGGCAGCCCGAGAAUGGUGAGAUCCAAACCAUUCUUAAUGUCUUGGCAUCUGAAUGGUAGAAGACACACACGUAACUCUCCCGCUUACGUGAUGAUGUAUCCGUCGACACCCCCUACUUCCACAAAUGGUCUAUUUCCUUACCUGCUCACAACCUUUAGACUGGGCAGCACGGGGGAUUGAUGGUCACAUUAAACACGGGGAGUGAACGGCACUCCCUCACGUUGGGUGACGGCAGCAUUUGCGAUGCCCAGUCAUUCCGGUGGGCGAUCCUGCACAGGGAAGCUACUGCGUGGUUUCUGUACACAGAUGGGGUCCCUUGUGCAGCCAGGGCAUGUUGAUUGCCUUUAACUAGGAAUAUCGAAGCCAUUUCUUGUACCCCACAAGCCCUGCUUCCUCUUUGUACCCCACAAGCCCUGCUUCCUCCUUGUACCCCACAAGCCCUGCUUCCUCCUUGCACUUGGCAAAUUAAAGGGGACACGCCCAUCCCAAAUCAGGGUGUUGGUCAAGGCUUUUAGAGAGACGGCAUCGGUGUCUGUAGCUCACAUCUAGCGCACAUUGCUGCAUGUGGCUGAGUGCCAGAAGCCCUUCAUCCGCACAGCAUAAUGUACCCUCAGCAUAGCAAAGUUCCCCAUGGCGAUGGGGGGGCAGAAGGGACAGGAUGGUUUCCCAGGGUUUUACCUCACCAUAAUCACUUGACAUAAUCAUUCUGUGCUUCUCUGCUGAGCCUGACCUAAAGGCACCCCUCCUCCAUUGGUACAGCUGCUAAUGAGUGUCAGAAGAGGGCUGCUUGCACUCAAGCCCUCCCGAGGAAGUGGCGGAGUAGAUGCGUAAGAGAAACCCCAGCUUUUCCCACGUUAAGAGAACAAUCUCCAUGGAGAAUUUGCUGCAGUAAGAGGAACCUGGAGCUACUUGAGCAGGUGGGUCAAUUUCUGCCAGACGGUAUGAGACGCGGCUUCGAACAACCUCCAGUCUGAUGCGUGCGGCGGCUGGCUUUGAAGGCAAGCCAUUACGAAGGCCGUGUGGGGCAGAGGGGCAGUGCAGUGACGCUGAAAGGUGCGGUGCCCUGCUUCUGUUACGAUUGCGUGGACUCUAAGAAGCUGUGAUACUGACGUUCAAUAGCAUCUGAGUUGGGGCUUCCCCAGACAGUUUCGGGAGCUCGUGGCAGAAAAGUGGAACCCGUCUCUCAAAGUUUUAUGGGACUAAACUCUCUAACAAAAUGAUUUAAACCCAGCCCUCCGUAGAAAGUGUGGUCGGGUCCAUCUGUAACUUGAAGCUAGCACAGUUAAUGUGUCUAACGUUCUUUCCCUCCUCUUUGUAACUCUACAUGGAACAUGCUGGGGUGGGCACCUGGUGCCGGAAGCUUGUAUGCAACCCCACCGUAGGGGCUGUUUCUUGGGACUUUUUAAUGGUGUUCAGAUCCCCUGCCUGCCUUUCCUAUAUAGAAUGGGGGACAGCCUAUCCAGUGCAGGGACAGAAUCCUAUGAUUGCACGUGGUCCGUACAUCGAACAUGUGGUUGCCACGACUGCUGCUUGACUCCUAGAAAGCCAUAGAGAGUUAGUUCUCCGUAAUGCAUCAUCUGUCACAAGAGCAUAGCCAACUGUGUGAAACUUGGCCGUUUUGUAACUCAUGUCAAUUUAAUGUUCUAAAAUGCUGCCACUGGAAUGAAAUUCGACCAGAAGAGUUGUUUUUUUGGGGGGAGGGGGGUGUCUUGGGAUGAGAUCAAUGCUUAGAUUUUCCAAAACACACAGAAGAUGGAACAAUGUGGGGUUUGGAAUUCAUUUUAAAUUCCUGAUUUUUUUUAAAAAAAGUUAGUUUUUUCUGUUCACUGAAACGUCACUUACCUUGUUAUGAAAGUGCCGCCGGAUAAGGUUUUACGAUUGUAAACUGAGCUCUGGGGUGGUGGAUCAGAUUUUAGGGCUGAACAUGGGACUUUCAAAUCCUACCCCAAGUUGUCUGACAUUCUAGAGCACCAAGAUGGGACUCUCAGAUUUUGUUGUCUUAGCAGGGACGUGUGCUGUCGAACAUGAAACACACCGGUGUGGUGCUUCACUCCUCUCAUUAGGGUGCGUCUCCCCUCAAUCAAUGUUAACUGUAUCGGUUUCUCUGUGUACAUGUGUUACUGGCUUGUUCCAAGUUGGUUUUUGGCUUUUAUGUUUAGCCAAAUAAAUGCAAAGAAAUUUUACCCAA